GUGGUAGUCUACUAGUAAUCCUGCUAAUACUAGUUGUCAAUCGUCCUUGUGCACUGCAUGCGGCCAAUUCAAGUCCAAGGCAAAUAAUACAACAUACAUAGUGCCUUGCUAUAGCAUGGUACCGGCAUCACCACCCUCACCUUCAAUCGCAAUCACCUGUCUCUCCUCAUCUGUGCUUUAAAGCUCCGUCUCAGCAGCACACUACCUUACACAUCAUUCUUCGUGUCCGGAGGCAUUGUUGCUCCGGUUGACAGUCCGCAACUUUUCUUAACACUUGGCACUUCGUGGCAGUGUUCCUCCUUUGUUCCCUCCUUUUCGCACACUCCCCGGAUUGAGGAUGAUCGUCCUUGUUUCCUCCCUCGUUUCUUGAACUUUCGCUCUGAAACACUUGCUGCUUCUUCUGCGCCAUGCCCGAGGUUGUCAGAGGUAGUCGUGCGAGUGUUACGGUUGACCGCAAUGGCAGCAUCGACCGCAGCGGCAGCCAGGCUCCGGGCAGUCCGAUACGAGAAGCACGCACUGUCCACUUUACCCCCGAAGGCGCAUCUCCCGAUGAACCGUCCCCUGUUCAGGCCCUGAGUGGAGUCGAUAGCCGACUGAGUAUUUCGUCUACUCGCAAGAAGAGCGUGGACAGGAGAAGAGAACAUCAUCGCAAACAUAGUCAUGACGAACCGGAGAGUCCUGCAUAUUAUGACAGUCGCGCUGCAACCAAAAGAGAGUUUAGAAGACGAGCCAGCACGCUUCAAGAAUACUAUGCUGAGCACCCUGACCUCUUGCCCCAGUUGCCUUUCACAUGGAGAUAUGGAUGGCGCAGAUGGAAACUGUUCCUUACGAUCUUUAUAAUGGUCGUGGAUGCUUGCGUUGUCCCGAUCGUGUUAUACUAUUCGAUGACGUUUGCAGGCCAUAUAGAGGGAUGGAUAGUUUUCGCGGUGGUGGCCACCAUUUGGGGUGGACCGACCUAUGUCGAGUUCGCCGUCCGUUGUUGGCGACUAAUUAAAAAGGAAGACUUUUUCCGACCGCUCGGCACCUCGACUCGAUGGGCGUUCGACAUCACACAUUGGAUUUUCGUCUUGACGAUUGCCGUGGUGACUGCUCUUCUCAUUGUGGGCAGUGCUCCGCAUAUUGUAUGGCUCCGAAUCUUGUCCCUGCCCGGACCGGCUCUUCUCUUUGCACUGGGCGGCAGCGUCUUCAUCAUUACCAUGUGGAGUCUGUCAGGUCGCAGAGCACCGUUCCGAAUAAGCUCGACGCCCAAAGGAGGCGAAGUCUAUCCUGGAGUAUACUAUCUGAUUGAAGAUGUGAUCGCCGUCAACGCAAGUGCCGGCCGACCGUACCGUGAAGCGUUGGCUGCGAGAUACAAAGCGAGUCCACGGUUCCGCAGAAUGAUCAAGCAACAAUCUCUGUUCUGGUCCAUACCAUCGCUGAUCAUCGCGGUGGCUUGCACCAUUGUCAUUGUCAUUCAUCCAGUACCCAAGAAAGUGGGAUACGGUAUAGGCUGGGGUGUUCCUUUCCUCUGGGCCUGCAUUUGGUCCGCCAUCUCGGUCCCCUGGGUACGACGAGCUAUGCACAAAGAAACCGUGACGUGGGAGGAAGAUUAUGGGGUCGAGCCUGCUUCCAAAAAGGCGCGGCGUCACCCAAAGCUGGAGCCCAUUGAGUCGGAGCGCGAAACACCACCCAAAGAACCCGAACCAUGACCUUAAAACAGUGCUACAGCUACAACUAUCGCCUUGCUGUUACUUGGUGUCGGCUCAGUCUACAUGAUGGAUCCUCACUACAACGUUUCAAGCCGACGAUAGACGCAGACUCACAAUGCUCCUCCCAGCGCCGGCGAGCCAAAGAUUUUGAAGUUGUGCAAAAAAGAAGGCGAUUUGGCAGGCGUGCAGGCGUGCAAGUCGUGAAGUGGGUGUUUCAUGUCUCUUUCUCUACUGUGUGUCGUAUUAGCGUUGGAUGGAUGGUAUUCUCUUUUUUCCCCGACGAAUUCAUGUCUUUUGGAUACCUGGUAUAUAUUAUCUUUGUUUGAUCAUCGGCGGACCACCGCAGUGUGGUGUUGCUCGACGUUUCGGUCAAAACAAUUAUAACCUCUUUGCCUACGUACCUACCUGUCUAUCGUCUCACACUCCAUGUUGAGAACAAUAGCUACCUAAGGUAGGUACCUCCUCCACUCGGCUAUUGGGCCCAAGUCCUAGUAUGUCCAUUGUAGUAGUCCCAAGUCUUAGCAUUCG